AUGUGGCUACUGAUUCUCAUACUCAGAUGUAGUGGCUACACUGUAGAAAGCUGUGGUUGUCAUCCAAGAAGUGUCAUGGCGCGUUUUUAUUACACUUUUUUUAUACUCUGUGGACUAUUCAAAUACGGGUCAACAAUUAUAUGCUACGAAUGCAACAGCGCUACCAAUACCUUCUGCCUUGAAAGUCACAUACCUGACAGCCUGAAGAGGAACUGCUCUGAGCAUGACCGAGGAGUGACGCAUACUCUCUGCAGGAAAAUAAUUCAGCAUGUAGACUACGGCGUCAACGGAAGAUUGCCCGAGAGUAGGGUUAUCAGAGGCUGCGGCUGGGAUGAGAGCAAAUAUAAGGGCGAGUGCUACCAUCGUGCUGGUUUCGGAGGUAGACAGGAAGUUUGCUCUUGUACCAAAGACCUGUGCAACGGGGCAAAGACAACUACAAUUGGUUCCAAUCUUCUCGCUGUCACCGCUGUGAUCUACGCUAUUAAAACUAUUGUUUGCGCAUGA